AUUAAAAUAUUGUAUUUAGUGUGCUAUCUUAAGGGUUUGAUGUGUAACUGCUAUAACACCGACAAUAUUCAGAUCCCAUGAGUUACGGACCCACCCCCAAAUUGCUAAAUGGUAUUUCUAAACACCGCCACAACAACCAACUUUCACUGCGGCAUGUGUAUCGUGGUGUGUUCGAUUGCAUUUUGAUUUGUGUAAUUUUGCAGAAAUGUCAAAACCCAACACUUUAUUCAAGUAUUUUACUAAGACGGUAUCUCCAAAAGAGCAGAAGUUGAAUGGCUCGAAUAAUAAGGAAAUCAAGAGCCGAUCUCCCGAGGAAAACGUGAAAAAGUCGUAUGUAGAGAAAAAUAAUCCAGGCCCAGGUACACCGUCCACUUCCACUUCCACUGGAAAUAAAAUCUCUAAACGUACCGAGCCACUGCCAGCAUCAGGAAAGGCUUCCGUACCUCAAGUAGGAGAAUUAGUGUGGGCAAAAUUGGAAGGCUAUCCUUGGUGGCCAGCCCUCAUAUGUAAUCACCCUAACAAGAAGAGGUGUUUCCAACCAGGAAAAAAUACAGAAGUUCAUGUGCAAUUCUUUGAUGAACCACCUUCCAGAGCAUGGGUGAAACAAAGGUUCGUGAGGGAGUUUAAGGGAACUGAUAGUGCGGAGGCAAGGCGUGGUGGGCUGUGUUUCAGCGGAGACCCCAAAUGGAAGAGGGGUUGUCUACAGGCAGAGAAGGCGUUAAGCUUAGGAGCUGAGGAAAGGCUAGAAUCGCUAGUUGUUUGCAAGGCUUCAUCAGAUGAUGAUGGUGAUGACGACAGCCUCAUGGACAUGGACGAAGACGGUGGCAGUGACGACGAUAGCAAAGAAAAUCAUGUGACUAGCAACCAAGAUGAUGAUGCUACUAACAUGCAGGGAAGUCACAGAAAGAGAAGAAAAGGAUCAGCCAGGAAAGAAAAGUCUUCCAAGCGCAGACGAAUAAUUGCCGCCAGUGACAGUGAAUCGGAAAACGAAUACAAACCUGUGGAUGACUCGGUAGAGAGCAGUGAUCAGUCAUGCAGCAGUGGAGUAGAUGAGAGUAGUGAGUCUUCUGAGAAGGAAACCCCAACUGAUGACGAAUCCCCCGUAAAGAAGCGAAGGAAGCCAGCCGGAGGACGUUCGGUAUCUGCUGGCAAAGCAAAAAUGAUAACAAAUAACCACCUCGAUGAUAUGAAAACACCUGAUAGAAGGAUUCUGCCAUCAACGCCAUCUAGUGAUAGAAUAAAGACAACCCCUACAGUCAGCAGUGGGACGAAGAAUCGACUGUCGCUCUUUUCCGCACCUGAGUCACCUUCCGUAACUGAUGGAGAAAACCAGAAAGGAGAGGGAAAAUUUGCUCAUCUCAGUCUCGACUUCCUACAGGAUUCGAAGAUAAGGGAUGGUCAGAAACGGUUCCGUAAUGAUCUUGACUAUGAUCCGAGGACAUUAUAUGUUCCUGAGCAUUUCCUAAAGACAGCAACUCCUGCAUUACGGCAGUGGUGGGGAAUGAAGAGCAACCAUUUUGACACAAUCCUGUUUUUCAAGGUUGGAAAGUUCUAUGAACUCUAUCACAUGGAUGCUGUUACAGCAGUAAAUGAAUUGGGACUAGUCUUUAUGAAGGGACAGUAUGCCCACUCGGGUUUUCCUGAGAUCGCCUAUGGCCGCUAUGCUGACACCCUGAUACGAAAAGGCUAUCGUGUGGCUAGAGUUGAACAGACGGAGACACCGUCAAUGAUGGACGAGCGUUGCAAGCAAAUGGCACGAGCGCCAACCAAGUUCGACAAGGUCGUGAAGCGAGAGAUAUGCCGCGUGACGUCGCAGGGAACAAGGACGUACAGCGUGAUUGACGGCGAUCCGUCCGAGGCUGACAGCAGCUAUCUGCUCGCCGUCGCCGAGAAGGAGUUGGACGAGUGUGCAGGAGGAGAGAGUCUGUAUGGUGUCUGCUUUGUUGACACAUCCAUUGGGAAGUUUCAUAUGGGGCAAUUCAGAGAUGACAGGCAUUGUUCCAGACUCAGGACUCUGAUUGCCCAUUACACACCUGCCCAGCUGCUCUACGAGAAGGGGAAACUAUCGCAGAAGACUGAUGCAGUGCUGCGGCAGAAUCUCCCGCUGGCGCUGCGCGACGCUCUCCACAGCGGCAGUGAGUUCUGGGAAGCGUCAAAGACUCUGAAGUAUCUUGCCGAGGGGCAGUACUUUGUGGCCGAUGCCGGCGGCGAGCAGGAAGGCGUCCCAUGGCCAGACACGCUGAAGAAGAUGAUUUCGGAUGGAGACAGUAUUGGUAUGACAGCAUCGACUGACCAUGAGCUUGCUGUACGAGCUCUGGGAGCAUGCACCUGGUAUUUACAACGAUGCUGCCUAGAACAGGAAUUACUGUCUAUGAGAGCGUUUGAGGAAUACCAUCCACUUGAUCUAGAGCCGAACGCCAUAGUUGAUCGACUACAAACAUCUCGGGUGUCAUUUGCCACAGGUCGACAGCACAUGGUGCUUGAUGGAAUCACAUUGAGAAACCUAGACAUUUUGGAAAACAGUGUCUCUGGUACAAUUGAAGGAACGCUAAUAGAAAGGCUGGACCAAUGCAAGACUCCGUUUGGUAAACGACUUCUCAGACAAUGGCUGUGUGCACCACUGUGUAACCCAGCGUCCAUCAAUGAUCGCUUGGAUGCCAUUGACGACAUCCUUAACAAUGUUGCUAUGAUGGAUGAAGCGCGAGAGAUGAUGGCAAAGCUGCCAGACUUUGACCGGUUCCUGGCUAAAAUCCACACCAUGGGUUCAGCAGUGAGAAGCGAAAACCAUCCUGACAGUCGGGCAAUUUUUUUUGAUGAUGGUGCUUACAGCAAAAAGAAAAUAACUGACUUCCUAGCCACACUUGAAGGUUUUGCAUUGGCAAUGAAAAUUCUGAGAAAAUGUCGUCAGUCCACAGUUGAUUCAGACGAAGUCUCGUGCAUAAAAUCUAAGCUGCUGACUCAUUGUGUGAAUUUUACGGAGGAUGGUGGGAAAGUGCCGGACAUAAGCAUGCAGUUAAAGUUUUUCAAGGAAGCAUUUAACCAUGAAAGGGCUCGUACAAAGGGAGUCAUAGAGCCAACUGAAGGUGUGAUACCAGAAUAUGACAGUGCUGUCUGUGAUAUCAACGACACAACUACAGCUUUGAAUGACUACAUCGCUAAACAGAGGAAACUUUUAGGUGCAAAAAACGUUGAGUACUGGGGUACUGGCCGCAAUCGCUUCCAGUUGGAGGUGCCCGAGUCUGCCCUGAAGAAGGUCCCUGAUGCCUACGAACUAAAGUCGCAGCGGAAGGGCUUCAAGCGCUACUGGACACGAGAGAUUGAAGCCCUGCUUGCGCGCAUGGUGGCGGCAGAGGAUCAGCGACACGCGGCGCUGCGUGACUGCAUGCGCUCCAUCUUCCACACCUUCGACGAGCAUUACAAGAUGUGGGAAGCAGUGGUACAGUGCCUGGCAGUCUUCGAUGUGUUGCUGACUCUUGCCUACUAUAGUCGGUGUGGAGACGGUCCCAUGUGCCGGCCAGAGUUUGUGCUGCCAUCUAGUGACAUCCAACCAUUUAUUAAGAUCCGUAGUGGAAGACAUCCGUGCAUCUGUAAGACCUACAGUGGAGAAGACUACAUUCCAAACCACUGCGUGAUUGGAACCAAGGAUGAUUUGGAAGGUGAGGAGCAAGAUUCAAUGCAAGACAACAGUAGCAUGGUGCUGGUAACCGGUCCCAACAUGGGAGGCAAGUCUACCCUCAUGAGGCAAGUUGGAGUCAUCAUAGUUCUCGCUCAAUUGGGAUGCUAUGUGCCUGCAGAGAUGUGCAUCCUGACUCCUGUGGAUAGAGUGUUCACAAGGCUUGGAGCCAGAGACCGCAUUAUGGCUGGUGAGAGCACGUUAUUCGUGGAGCUCAGUGAGACGGCAAGCAUCCUCCAACAUGCUACGAAUCAUUCCCUCAUACUCCUUGAUGAACUAGGCAGAGGCACGGCGACGUACGAUGGCACGGCCAUCGCCUGUGCUGUCGUGCAGGAGCUAUCCCAGAGAGGGCGCUGUCGUACACUCUUCUCAACACACUACCACUCCCUGGUGGAAGAGUUUGCACAUGACCCGAACGUCAGGCUCGGACAUAUGGCCUGCAUGGUGGAGAACGAGAAUGACGAGGAUGUUUCCAAAGAAACCAUAACCUUCCUUUACAAGUUUGUACAUGGCGCCUGCCCAAAGAGUUACGGCUUCAAUGCUGCAAAACUAGCAGGAAUACCUGAUACGAUAAUAAAGAAUGGUCAUGCUAAGGCAAAGGAGUUGGAAAUGUCAUUAGAGAGGAUAAAGAUUUUCAGGUGUCUGGAAAAGCCUCAUGAUUUAUCGAUCGAGAAACUUCAGGAACUGCAGCAACACAUCAUGGCGUAGUCGGGGUAUAAUUGAUGUGGCACCAUUAGUGGUUAACGAACACUAUGAAAAGACUUGUUACAGUAUUCUUUGUAAUGUUUUAUAGGAUGUGCAACUGGCAACUGAUACUCAAGGGUGUGAGAUCUUUUUUAUGCACAUCAUUGUGAAUAAUAAUAAGAUCCCUCCACUAUUCGGUAACAUCUGCAUGUGCAUAUGAAGUGUAUUGUAAAGGUUUUAUACGCAUAUCUUAGUAGGAAACUAGGAAUGACAGAUCAUGCUUCCUGAGUGCUCGUGAUUAAAAUUAAGACUAUUCAAGAUCAUGAAAACCCCAUGUUCUGUGUGUAAAUGUAAUAAAUACAGUAUAAACUACCUAGAACUA